AUGGAUUCCGCCAAGACUGCACCUGCAGUCGUAUCCAACGGGAAUCCUUCCGCGGAUCAUCAUCCUGUUGCGCCCGCCGCUAGUACCUCUAGUAGCGCGGGAGGCGCGCGUAAGCCAGCGCGGCUGUUUCGGCAGCCGAGUCGCGUGACGGAGCGCAUGGCGAACUGCCUGCUGGAGAAUCGCAACGAGAUUGUUGAUACUCUGUCCCGGUGUCUGCAGUGCGGAAACGGCAUUCUCCUCCCCCACCAGCUCAUCGAUCAGCUGCGCGCAGCCAGCGCCGCGCGCCGUCGCCCGCACGCCACCCCUCCGCGCUCCCCGCGCAUAGCCGCGUCCCCGCGCUCUCCCGCCGCCAUCGUCACGGCAGCCGCGUGGGGAGCCGCGGGGGGAGCAGCGGGCGGAGCAGCGGGCGCGCUGAUCCCUGCAGACGCGGAAACCGCCAAGGUGCUGGAGGGCACGGUGGAGGCGGUGCGCAGAGUCGGUUCUGCGGACCUGGGGGCCGGGCGGAGGGCGGCGGGGGGGAGAAAAGCGGGCGCGGGCGCAGUCGCGGGGGAAGCGGCAGCAACAGGGGCCUCGGCGGACAGGUUCGACAGGGUGGACGGGGACGAGGAGGGGGAGGGGGAGGAGAGUCUGGAGGACAGCCCGUUCGGGAAGCUGCUUCUGGCGUCGCAGGAGGCGGUGGUGGUAUCGCCGUGGGUGGCGCUGGCGGUGCGUGUGCGGCCGGGCGAGUGGCAGCACGUGAAGAUCAACGCGGAGGAGGUGCUGGUGCAGGCCAUGACCGUGCCCGAGUACCUCGCCUUCAAAGAACUCCUCGUUUCGUCCAACGGAGGCCCAGCAAGCGACAACCCGUACUACGUGCUGGAGCUAGACUUCGGCCCGUUCAACGCGUCCUUCCCGCGGCUGACGCAGCCGCGGUCCAUCGGGCACGGCGUGCACUUCCUCAACCGCUACCUCUCCUCGCGCAUCUUCGCCAGCCAGCAGGGCUCCAUCCAGCCGCUCGUUGACUUCCUGCGCCUCCACAGCUACCGUGGCCAGCCACUGAUGCUGAGUCAGCAGAUCGAGACACGUGACCAGCUGAAACGUGCUCUGACGCGGGCGGAGGAUCUGCUGGGGUCGUACGAUGACGAGACUCCUGUUGGACACGUGGCAGAGAGGCUGCGAGACCUAGGGCUGGAGCUGGGGUGGGGCAACACGGUGGGGCGCAUCUCAGAGACCGUCAACCUGCUGCUCGACAUCUUCCAGGCACCAGACGCGGACACCCUGGAGAAGUUUCUCGGGCGGCUGCCCAUGAUCUUCGACGUGGUGAUCCUGUCGCCGCACGGGUACUUCGGGCAGGCGAACGUUUUGGGGCUGCCCGACACGGGCGGGCAGGUGGUGUACAUCCUGGACCAGGUGCGCGCCGUGGAGAAGGAGAUGCUGCGCUCGCUGCACCUGCAAGGGCUGGACAGCCUCUUCCACCCCAACAUCGUCAUCGUGACGAGGCUGAUACCGGAGGCGCGCGGGACGACGUGCAACCAGCGCAUAGAGGCGGUGGCGGGGACGCAGUUCACACGCAUCCUGCGCGUUCCCUUCCGCACGCAGCAUGGCAUCGUCUCCCACUGGGUCUCACGCUUCGACGUCUGGCCGUACCUCGAGCAAUUCACCGAGGACGUGGCAAAGGAGCUGCAGGUGGAGCUGGGGGGGCGGCCGGGGCUGAUAAUCGGCAACUACAGCGACGGCAACCUGGUGGCCACGCUGCUCUCGCACCAGAUGGGCGUCACUCAGUGCAACAUAGCGCACGCGCUGGAGAAGACCAAGUACCCGGACUCGGACCUGUUCUGGCAGCGGCACGACGCGGCGUACCACUUCAGCUGCCAGUUCACGGCGGAUCUCAUCGCCAUGAACCACGCCGACUUCAUCGUCACCUCCACCUUCCAGGAGAUCGCCGGCAGCCUAUCCUCCAACACAGUCGGGCAGUACGAGUCGCACCGCGUGGUGAACGGAGUCGACGUGUACGACCCCAAGUUCAACAUCGUCUCUGCCCUCCCCCUUCCCCACCUCCUCUCCGCCUCCCGUUUCCCCCUCCCCCUUUCUCCCUCCCCCACUCCCCUCUUUCCCCUCCUCUUCCCCCCCCCCGCAUUUCCCGCAAUCUCCCCCCAUCUCCCCCGCCCCAGCCUGUCGUCCAACACGGUGGGGCAGUACGAGUCGCACAUGGCGUUCACGAUGCCGGGGCUGUACCGCGUGGUGAACGGAGUCGACGUCCUGUCGUCCAACACGGUGGGGCAGUACGAGUCGCACAUGGCGUUCACGAUGCCCGGGCUGUACCGCGUGGUGAACGGAGUCGACGUGUACGACCCCAAGUUCAACAUCGUGUCGCCCGGCGCCGACGACGACGUGUACUUCCCCUUCUCCGACUCGCGCCGCCGCCUCACGUCGCUGCACGCGGGGAUCCGCGACCUGCUGUUCGGCGAGCCCGACGGCGAGGAGAAGGCGUACCACCUAUCGGACCCCUCCAAGCCGAUUCUCUUCUCCAUGGCGCGCCUCGACCGCGUGAAGAACCUCACGGGCCUCGUGCGCUGGUUCGGCGCGGACUCGCGCCUGCGCGCGCUCGUAAACCUCGUCGUCGUGGGCGGCAAACUCGACGCGUCGCAGUCGCACGACCGCGAGGAGGCGGAGCAGAUCAAGAUGAUGCACGCCGUCGCGCUCGACGCGGGGCUGGACGGUAGUUUCCGCUGGAUCCGCGCGCAGACGAACCGCGUCAAGAACGGCGAGCUGUACCGCGUCGUCGCGGACAGCCGCGGCGCGUUCGUGCAGCCGGCGCUGUUCGAGGCGUUCGGGCUGACCGUGGUGGAGGCCAUGACGUGCGGGCUGCCCACCUUCGCGACGUGCCACGGGGGGCCGCGCGAGGUGAUUCACGACGGGGAGAGCGGGUUCCACAUCGACCCCUACCACGGCGACCUCGCCACUGAGAGGAUGGCUGACUUCUUUGAGCGUUGUCGCGACGAGCCCAAGCACUGGGACGACGUUAGCGCCGCUGCUCUCGCUCGGAUCCAGUCCCGGUACACGUGGGGCAUAUACGCGGAGAGGCUGAUGACGCUCUCCCGAGUGUACGGCUUCUGGAAGUUUGUGUCCAACCUGGAGCGCCGCGAGAUGAAGCGCUACAUCGAGAUGUUCUACAUCCUCAAGUUCCGCCAACUGGUCAAGACCGUUCCAACGACAGAGAAAGAGGAAAGGGAUUGA